AUGGUGUCGUGCCCCAUAUGCGCCAAAAGUGUCAGGGAACUCAACAUCAAUGCCCACAUUGAUUCUGACUGUCAGAAAUUCAUCGACGAGCCCGGAUCGAGCCAGGCGGAGUCCGCGUCUUCGCAGAAGAGCGCCCCAGUUGCCAGUUUCUUCCAGCCAUCCUCUGCGCGCAAAGCCAAUACAGCCCAGCCGCCAACCCCAUCGAGUCCAUCGUCGACUCAGAAAAAUGGCGCUAAAGGAACAUUGUCAACGCCGCUGCAAGAAGACCAGAAAAGGAAGCGUACAGAACCGCCGGCGAUCGAAACUGAGGCCGACCCGCUGCCGAAGCGCCCAAAAACAAAUGCUAUCCAAAAAGUGGCACCCUUGGCCGAGCGAAUGCGGCCCAAAAAUUUGGAUGAAGUUUGUGGACAAGAUCUAGUCGGCCCCAAUGGCGUUCUACGGUCAUUGAUCGAGCAAGACCGGGUGCCUAGCAUGAUUCUGUGGGGUGGUGCAGGCACGGGAAAGACAACGAUUGCCAGAGUGAUUGCUGCUAUGGUGGGUAGCCGCUUCGUGGAAAUCAAUAGCACCACCAGUGGUGUUGCCGAUUGCAAGAAAAUCUUUGCGGAAGCGCGAAGUGAACUUAACCUGACAGGGCGAAAGACUAUACUCUUCUGUGACGAGAUCCAUCGGUUUUCCAAAUCCCAGCAAGACGUGCUUCUUGGGCCCGUUGAGAGUGGCGUUGUGACCCUGAUUGCCGCCACGACAGAAAACCCCAGUUUCAAAGUUCAGAACGCGCUCUUGUCGAGAUGCCGAACUUUCACACUCGACAAACUUACCGACGAUGACAUCGCCUCUAUCCUGAAACGCGCUUUGGUCACCGAAGGCCCCAGCUAUUCCCCAUCCGAACUCGUUGACGACGAAUUGAUUGGAUAUCUGGCCACAUUCUCUGACGGCGACGCGAGAACGGCUCUCAAUCUGCUGGAAUUGGCGAUGGGCUUGUCCACUCGCGCUAGCAUGACCAAAGACAUAUUGAAAAAGUCUCUGACAAAGACGCUGGUUUACGACAGGGCUGGCGAUCAGCAUUACGACACCAUCUCUGCCUUUCACAAGUCAAUCCGUGGCAGCGACCCGGAUGCUGCUUUGUAUUAUCUCGGGCGAAUGAUCCAGUCUGGGGAGGACCCAUUGUACAUUGCACGUCGCCUAAUUGUCGUCGCAUCGGAGGACAUUGGUCUGGCGGAUAACAGCAUGCUGACACUCGCCAUUUCCACUCACAGUGCUGUUGAGAAGGUCGGUCUACCUGAAGCUCGAAUCAACCUGGCACACGCCACUGUUGCCAUGUCGCUGUCACCAAAGAGUACACGGGCAUACCGGGGCCUCAACAACGCGUAUGCAGCUUUGGCAGAGCCAGGAACCGCAAGUUUGCCAAUCCCACUACACCUGCGCAAUGCCCCCACCAGGCUGAUGAAGGAGCUCGGGUACGGUCGAGAGUACAAAUACAACCCAAACUAUAAAGACGGCAAAGUUGUGCAAGAAUACUUGCCCGAGAAGAUACAGAGGCUGAAAUUUCUCGAGGACCAUGACUUGGGCCAUUUAGAAGACCCAGAAUUGUUCUCAUGA